UCGAUUUUUACGCAGACAAUACGCUAGGCCCGGUGUGUGUUGUUUAAAUAGGUGUAGCCGGUGCACAUGGACAUUACCUCAAGCAUUGGUUUGAACCUGAUUCCGUACAAAAGGUUUAUUAAUAAGAUGUCUGACCUAGAGGUUAUAAAUAAUUUUAUUGAUGGAGAGUUCUGUCCAUGCGAUGAGUACCUGGACAGUUUUGAUCCCUCUACUGGUCUUGUCUGGGCCAAGGUGGCAAACAGUUCUGCCAAGGAUGUUGAAAGGGCAGUGGAAGCUGGAGAGAGGGCGUUUCCCAUGUGGUCAUCCACUCCUGUAGAAAAGAGGUCAAAGAUCAUGCUAAAAAUAGCUGACUUGAUUGAAGCAAGGCUUGAUGAGUUUGCAGAACUGGAGUCACAUGACCAGGGCAAACCAGUUUGGCUGGCAAAAAGAAUUGACAUUCCUCGUUUGGUUCACAAUUUCAGAUAUUUUGCAACAUACGCUCUUCAUGAUUUAAAUGUAUCUUCUGUUCAACAAGAUUUCAAUGCCACAAACUACACAGUAAAAUGUCCAGUGGGUGUGGCUGGGUUAAUCAGCCCCUGGAAUCUCCCUCUUUACCUGCUCAGUUUUAAGAUUGCCCCCGCCAUCGCAUGUGGCAACACAGUGGUGGCUAAGCCCAGCGAGAUGACCUCGGUGUCCACACGCCUGAUGUGUCAGGUCUUUAAAGAGGCUGGCCUUCCCAAUGGUGUGGUCAACAUUGUCUUUGGCUACGGCUGGACAGCUGGCCAGGCAUUGGUUGUCCACCCUCGUGUCCAGCUCAUCUCAUUCACAGGUGGCACCGCCACUGCUGCAGUCAUCCGCAAGAGUGCCGCACACCUCAACAAGAAAUUUUCUUUAGAGCUUGGAGGAAAAAAUGCUGCAAUAAUAUUUGAUGACUGUAACUUUGAGAAAUGUGUUGAAACAACCAUUAGGUCCAGUUUUAUCAAUCAAGGUGAGGUUUGUCUGUGCACAAGCAGGAUCUUUGUUCAGAGGGGGAUUUAUGACAAGUUUAUCCAGGCUUUUGUAGCUAAAGCCAGAUCAUUGACUGUGGGAGACCCCAAAGAUGCUAAUACAUUUUGUGGAGCACUGAUCAGCAAAGAGCACCAGGCAAAAGUUACAAAGUACAUUGAGGAAGCCAGGGCCUCUGGGGCAGUGAUUGAAUGUGGCCAUGGGGUGGAACCUCUGGACCUGCCUGAAAGAUGCAAGGAUGGUUACUUUGUGCGUCCAACUGUGAUUACUGGUUUACCUGACAGCGCACCUGCAAUGACAGAGGAGAUUUUUGGUCCAGUUACCUGUGUUGUUCCAUUUGAUGAGGAGCAGGAGGUGAUCACAAGAGCCAAUGCUGUACGCUAUGGUCUCAGUGCCACAGUGUGGACUGAAAAUGUCUCCAGAGUUCAGAGAAUUUCUCCUAAAAUUGACGCAGGGACAGUCUGGGUCAACUGCUGGCUUGUUCGUGACCUAAACAUGCCAUUUGGAGGCAUGAAAGACUCUGGGACUGGCAGAGAAGGUGGGAAAUAUUCAACCGAAUUCUUCACUGAGGAGAAAACUAUCUGUAUCCAGCAUUGAAAUAAGCAGGAUGAAGAAAUUAUUUACAAUUUCGUGUGCCUUACAGCGAUAAUUUUAUUUGACGUCAGAAUAUUUUUAAUAUUAAAUGACUUUUAUUUCAAGUAUUACAGAAACUUUAUCCCUCUGUGUAUAAUUCUUACUAUAUACAAGAUGCAAUGUUUCACUAGUGUUCACUAAAGCCACAAUGUCCAUUUCUAGUUGGUUGGGGGCAGUUUUGUGGAGUGAUUGUUUUCUAAACUUAUUCUUGAAAUUAUAAUUUAAAUAUCAUCAUGUGCUCUCUAAAACAGUGGAGAAAACUAUGUAGUAGUCCACAUUUGAUCAGUUUGGUGGGCUGCAGUUCACUAAUCUUAGAUCCGAAAUUGAUGGUAAAAAAUGCAUUUAAAAACUCUUAUUUUAAAAUUUACUUCACAUAUUGUGUCUCAUUACUUGUAGAUCUGGGCUGAGUGAUUGUUUGACUGAGCUGGAGCUUGCAGACAGGUUGUUCAGUUAAGGAUGCAUUUUUAAUGGGCAGCUGUGGUAAACUAGUCAAUUAUUCAGAGACUAAUUACAAUGUCAUUGAUGCCAUAAUUCCUCUUUCUAAGUGCCUUAUUAGCCUUCAUCACAUGUCAAGAUUUAUCAGCUUAAAAAACGUGGGAUGAACCCACACAUACAGAUUUUCAAAAAUGCAACAAUGAGAUGUUUUAUAUUUUAAAAA